CGGAGUGGUAUAAAUAAUGGCAUUUGGUCCGGAGACAGAGCAGUACCACACAUCCCCCGAACCUUCACGGAUAAACAACUCGGACCCAUUUCGAUAUGAAAGUCUUCGCCCUGACCCUUUUGAGCCUGCUGGCUCUUAGCCAGGCCCGCCUGGACUAUAAGCUGCAGUGCGCCCGCAACGAGAUCGGAAUCCGCUGGCCGAGCUACCACAGCAACUCCGAGUACUAUGUUUGCUCCGGUGUCUACGGCAGCCAGCUGACGGCCCACUGUCCAUCUGGUGAGGUCUUCACCUUCGUCCUCCAGCAGUGCACCUCGCCCGCCCACUACGUACCUGCUCCUCCUAUGGAUGUCCUGCCUACUGCCGCUCCCGUCACCAUGCACCUCGUUGAAGACUCUCCCCCAGUGAUUGCCUCUGCCCAAUCCGAGCUGGAGAACGAGAGUGGCGAGCACCAUCAUGGCCACCACCACGAGCAUGAGCACGAACACGAGCACGAACACGAGUCCGUGGAGGAGGUCGAGUCCCACCCCAUUCCUCCCACUCCCGCUCCAGAGCCACCAACUCCACCCACCGUGGAAGUGUCCAAGCCUGCCGUGCCCGUUCCCAACAAGGUGAAGAAGCCCGUGGUGCCAGUGCCUAUCAAGAAGCCCACUAUUCCCGUGCCCAACAAGCUGGCCAAGAAGCCCACUGCCGCUUCCGCUGCCGCCAAGAAGCCAGCUGCUCCCACCCCCUCCAAGGCUGCCAAGAAGCCAUCGCCACCCAAGCCAGCCGGCAAGAAGCCAGCCAGCGCCUAAUUCCCCCAGAAUUAGUAGCCCCCAGAUCGCCAGUUCCAAUGUCCACAUCUUUACUUUCUAGCAAGCGGAAUUUCAUUCACUACUCUGAAUAGCAAUAAAUUAAAUAUCGUGAACUGCAAAAA